AUGAGUCAUAUUGCAGUGCACCAAAGCUUACUUAAAACCGGUUUUGACAGCGGAGAGCUGAUUCUGGAAACCAGUGGAAUGGAGGUUAUUAUUGACGGCAAGGCUACGGUGGUUACGGCUACGGUUACGGUUAUGGCUAUGCAACACCACCAAGUCCGGAUCCUAGCAUGUACGCCGCUGCAGCUGCCGUUCCUAGUGCUUCUUAAGAGUGGUGAGGUGCUUCGAGAGUUCAAUCAUGUUAAUCCACAAACGGAGUUUUUGAAAACGAUUCAUAAGUUAGCUGAUACGAUUAUUAGAGGGUUGUUGAAGUAUUGGCCUUUGACUAAUUGUCAGAAGGAAGUUCUCUUCCUCGGGGAACUUGAGGAAGUACUUGAAGCAACACAGUCUGUGGAGUUCCAACGAUGUAUGGUUCCACUUUUCAGACAGAUUGCGCGUUGCCUCAAUAGCUUACAUUUCCAGGGUUAUCAUGAAGUAGACUCACUAGAAAAGGGGUUUAAUGUUGAUCCAGAUCUUCUGUCACUGCCGUUUUCUGAUGUUGGAAACUUUCUUCUGUCAGACGACAAGAUAUACAAUGAUCUGGCUGACUGCAGCGGUGAUGUCAGAGCAAAUCAAGACAAUAUGAAACUGUCAACUGUCCAGGGGUAUACAAUAUUUAUGAACUCAAGUGCUCACUGA